AUGGACGAUCCUCACAAAUCUGUCGCCAAGGAACCGGCUGAGCGCCUCCGUCAGGGUGUCCUGAGCUUUUCCUCGGGCGGAAAGCUUCAGACACGUCCGCCGUCGACCCCAAAGACCCGAGACAGAGACGAACUCGUCAGAGUGGCCAGAGAGACAGUCUCGGUCCUGCCUGGUCUCCUCCACACCCGGCCGGAUGCAAAACCAGAUGGAUACCUCUAUGACAAAGACGCCACGACACCGCUUGAUCAGAGCUUCUGUCCAAAGCUGCCAAAGACAAAAAUCCGAGUCAUCAGCAGCGACACGAUCGACGCGGCCCUCCAACUCAGCAGCGGCGGUCCGUCUCAAAAGCCCGUCUGCGUCCUGAACAUGGCAAAUGCGAUCCACGCAGGCGGUGGGUUCAAGCACGGUUCCCUGGCCCAAGAAGAAGCCCUUUGCUUCCGCACCUCUCUAAUCUUCACUCUCAAACUGCGCCUCUACCCGAUUCCCGACAAAGCCGCCAUCUAUUCCCCGACCGUCCUGGUGAUCAGAGACAGCCUUGCCAACGGCCACCAGCUUCUCGACAGCCGGGACCCUGAGAAGUUGCCUGUCAUCAGCGUCGUCAGCGCGGCGGCCGUCUUUCGACCUACUCUCGGGUACAACGCGGCUCAGCCUAACCAGGAUGCAAACGAGUUCUACGCCCGGCGCGAAGACCGCGAAAUGAUGAGAGAUAAAAUGCGUGUCAUCCUCCGGACCGCCAUCAAGAACAGACACCGUAAGAUCGUACUCGGCGCUUUCGGCUGUGGUGCGUUCCACAAUCCACCCAAAGAGGUCGCUCGGCUCUGGUCAGAGGUGCUUCAGGAAGCAGAGUUCGCGGGCGGCUGGUGGGAGGACGUGGUCUUUGCGGUGCUUGCUCUGGGCUCAUCCGACAAGAACUUCCAGUGGUUCUCGGAGGAGUUGGACGGGGUUUUGGUCUGA